GUCCCAGGCUCCGAGGCCUGUCCCGGGGCCCUCCUUGGUGGCUCUGUUUUUCUGGGGGCCGGGCCUGGGGUGCCUGCAGGAAAGAGCUCCUCCUGGGCUCUUGGGGGCUGGCAGGCCUCGGAGGGCCCCCAGAGGGUGCUGGACCCCCCCUGCUGCCUCCUCCGAUGGGCCUCCCUUUAGGGCUGCCUCCCAGCUCAGCCUGGUCGGGCCCAAAGCCUGGAAGGAGAGUCUGGAGUCCAGGGAAGGGCCUGGGGGGCCCCCAUCCCAGGGGAGGGCAGGCCAUGCCCAGCCCAGGCCUGUGUGUUCUCCCCUCCGGAGCCCCAGAGACAACAGAGAGGAAUUCAGAGCAGCAGCCCCGGGCCUGAGGCCAGCAAGGGAAGAAUCCUCCAGGGAGAGAAGCCCUUCCAGGGCCUUUAGCCCCUCAGGGCCUGCUAGAGCUCAGGGUCUGGAGUCAGGGAGGCCUGAGAUCCCCCCUUGCAGGACCCUAGACAACUCACGUUAGCCUACUUGCCUCAGUUUCCUCUCCUGUCCAGUGGGCUGCAGGAGGAGAGGCAAAGCCUCCCAGCCUCUGCCCAGAAAGCCCCAAAGGAGGGGAGAAGCAGCCAGGCCUGAGCAGCCUGAGCCCAGCCGCCCUGAGACACACAGACACCCCCAGACUGUCCUCUGUCCAUCAGGGCUCAGAGCCUGGGCUCAGGGGCUGCUGCUGCCUUCUGUGGCCUCCCAAAGGGCAGGAGGGGGUUCCUAGGCCUUCCCCAGCCAUCUAAAGGGUCUCUGGGCCUUGUGGACUGGGGGAGGGGCUCAAGGAGACAAGUCCAUGGGACAAUGGGGGGGGCUGAUCCUCCAGGUCUGAUGUUUUGGGUUUGGAGUCCAGGGCCCAAGGACAAAGGAAUUUCCCUAAUAAUAGUUUGCCUGGGUUUCUGGGGCUGCCAUGCCCCUGCCAAAGGAGACCCUCCUCAGCAUCCCAGAGCCCCAGAAAACCCCGAGGAAGCAUCUGCUUCCCCCCAGAUGCUCUCUGGACCACCUUCCCCACAGCCCCUGGGCUCAGGCUCUUAUUCUCUGGUUCUCACAAUGGGGGAAACUGAGGUAAAGGCUGGGAAAGGUUCUUGGCCAGGCUUCCCCUGCUGGACAGUGUCUGAGGCCAGGUUUGAGUACAGAUCUUGGGGGUUCCAUGCCCGGAGGUCAGCCCCUGAGUCACCCCAUUCCUCCACCAAGGAGAGUUUUGGCCCCUCCUUUGGGGAGCCUCUGGGGUCUCCCCAAAGCAGGAGUAGCAGGAUGAUCAGAGAGAUUCCUGAAGGAGGGGAACCUGUGGGAAGGGGUCUGGGUUGUCAGUUGCUGCCCUCUGCCUCAGUUUCCUUUUCUGUCAGUGUUUUAGGGUACUAAAGUUGAACCGCUGGGGUUCAGGAGGGAUAUCCUUUGCAAGAAUGCAAGCGCCGAAACUUAGCUUAAAAACAAAAGGAGAAAUUUAUUAAUUUAGAAAGUAAUGUUGCGCAUGGCCAGGAGGGUAGCAGGGUGGGCUGCCAGAGCGGGAGCCGCUCCUUGGGAGGACAUCAGUUCUGGGGAUUUGAGACUCUACAACAGUGUAGAAGGGCUGCCGAGUCAUGGUGACCCCAGUGAGGUAAACACUCGGGGCUCUGCCUGGAGACAUUGGGGUCGCCCUCACAGUGUAGGGGGCAGAUGGAUGUCUGAGACACAGUCUGACGGAGGCGAGGUGCAGCCUGGAGGUGCUUCUCUCUGCCCAUCUCAAAUCUAAAGGAGGGUGCAAGGAGGAGAGUCCUCUCAGGAGUUGUCAGAUGCUCUGGGUUAGGAGUCACGAGGACAGAAGGGAGCCAAGGACUGCCCUGCUUACACUUCGCCUGAGUUUGGGGCUACGAUGCCCAUGCCAUCAGAAGGGGGGAUCCUAGCGCCCCCUCCGCAGGCCCUGGGGAGCAGAGACCCAUGGGUUGAUCAGCCAGUCAAGAGACACUUAUUAGGCACCUGCUGUGUGCCAGGCUGCAUCCUGAGGCAGAUUCUGGGCUAAGAAAAAAGCAGCCGGCAGGGCAGGAAGACGAAAUGAGGGUGGGAGAAAAGGGCUACAGCCCCCAGGAUGGGGCACAAUACAUAUAUAUACCCCUCCCCCACCAGCCCUCUACACCCAGGCGCCCAGGUAGGACGACUCCAUUUCCCAGAAUGCCCCUGUCAUGACAUCAUGCAAGCCCUAGCCCUCCUCAGUAGAUGACUCCAUUUCCCAGAAUGCUGGUUCCCUGACUCCUCCCUAUUUUUGGCUCCUCCCUGUGGCAGCCUCGGGGCAUGCUGAGAACUUCAUUUGAGUGGUCUCAGCUCCCGGAAGGUGUAUCGCUGCUUCUUGGACCUUUGCUAGCGCACACAGAGGAAGUCUCUCCCCCUCGGGCUGCCACCCCCUGAAGGACCCCAGGGUGGCCCCGCAGAGAGCCCGCAGCCAGAGGAAUGGCCCCCGGGACCCCGAGUUCCCCCUCCCAGGCGUCAAUAGCAUUCAAGGAUGUGGCUGUGGACUUCACCCAGGAAGAGUGGUGCCUAUUGGACCAUUCUCAGAAAGAGCUGUACCUGGAGGUCUUGCUGGAGAAUGUGCAGAAUCUACUCUCUGUGGGGCUUCCAGUUCCUAGAGAAAAAUUUAUCUCCUGUUUUCAGCAAGGGAAUGUAUCAUGGCUACUAGAUCGAAAAGGCCCAAGGAGCUGCUGUGCAGAGGCAGAGAAUAAUUUUGAAGUGAAGGAGAUGUCUACAAAGCUGAGCCUUUUUGUGAAAGGAUCUGGCCCCAAAAGAUGCAUGACUAAGGAGCUCCAUGACUUUAUUUUGAGAGAAAUCUGUGCCCCUAAUAUCAAGGUAAAUAAAAAUCCAAAGAGUGACAAUGAAUUUGAUGAAACUGUUGAGAAAUUCAGCCAAUAUUCAGCCCUAAAUCAGUACAUGAAAUUGACCUUAGGAAAUGACUGUUGUCAGGAUAGCGAAUAUAGGAAAAGCUUUCCUGAAGAAGUAGAACUUGUUCAGUCACCCAAGGAACUGGAAAUGCCUACGUAUCAAGGUAACCUAGGAGGAAUGGCCUUUGGCUGGAGUUUAAACCUCAUUAGACAUCCAAAAAUUAAACAUGUUGAGAUAGUUUCAGUAAGUGAUAAAGGUGGGAGACCUUUGAAUCAUAACUCUGAACUUGCCGCACAUCAGAGAAUCCACACUAGAGAGAAACCUUAUGAAUGUAAACACUGUGGAAAGGCAUUUAAACGGAGAGGCCAUCUUGCUGCACAUCAGACUGUCCACACUGGAGAGAAACCUUAUGAAUGCAAACACUGUGGAAAGGCUUUCACAAUGAAGAGCAAUCUUGCUAAACAUCAGAGAAUCCACUCUGGAGAGAAACCUUAUGAAUGUAAACACUGUGGAAAGGCUUUCACACGUAGGGGCAAUCUUGAUAUACAUCAGAGAAUCCACACAGGAGAGAAACCUUAUGAAUGUGAACACUGCGGAAAAGCUUUCACAGUGAGGAGCAAUCUUGCUAAACACCAGAGAAUCCAUACUGGAGAGAAACCUUAUGAAUGUAAACAAUGUGGAAAGGGUUUUACACAGAGUGACAGUCUUGCUGCACAUCAGAGAAUCCACACUGGGGAGAAACCUUAUGAAUGUAAGCAAUGUGCAAAGGCUUUUACACAGAGGGCCCAUCUUGUUGCACAUCAGAGGUUCCACACUCGAGAUAAACCUUAUGAAUGUAAACAGUGUGGAAAAGCUUUUACAGGGAGUGGCCACCUUGCUGCACAUCAGAGAAUCCACACUAGAGAGAAACCUUAUGAAUGUAAUCAAUGUGGAAAGGCUUUCACACAGAGGGGCCAUCUUGCCAGACAUCAGACAAUUCACACAGGAGAGAAACCUUAUGAGUGUACACAAUGUGCAAAGACUUUCACAGAGAGGGGCAAUCUUUUUGCACAUCAGACAAUCCACACAGGAGAGAAACCUUAUGAAUGUAAUCAAUGUGGAAAGGCUUUCACAGAGAGGAGCUCUCUUGCUGCACAUCAGAGAAUCCACACUGGAGAGAAACCUUAUGAAUGUAAACAAUGUGGAAAAGCUUUCACAGAGAGGGGCCAUCUUGCCAGACAUCAGACAGUCCACACAGGAGAGAAACCUUAUGAAUGUAAACAAUGUGCAAAGGCUUUCACCCGGGGGUACUCUCUAGCUGCACAUCAGAGAAUACACUCUAGAGAGAAACUUUAUGAAUGUAAACACUGUGGAAAGACUUUUACACAGAGGGGCCAUCUUUCCAGACAUCAGACAGUCCACACAGGAGAGAAACCUUAUGAAUGUAAACAAUGUGGAAAGGCUUUCACAGAGAGGGGCUCUCUUGCUACACAUCAGAGAAUCCAUACUGGAGAGAAACCUUAUGAAUGUAAUCAGUGUGGAAAGGCUUUUACAUGGAAGGAAUCUGUUGCUAAACAUCAGAAUAUCCACACCAGAGAAAAACCUUAUUGUAUGGGAUAAAAUCAUGCAUUAUCCUCUAGUAUACAUUAAUUAAUAUUAGUUAUUUUUGAUUGGCAACUUCCUGCAACAAAUUAGUAAUCAUUAGGUGCCCUUUAGAAGGGUGACAAGAAGAGUAGAUAAAUUCCCCUCCCCAAGCAACUUUUAAUAUAUACAUAAAUAUACACCUUUAAUUCAUUUUUUUAAUGUGGCCAAACCCCCCCCCCCAUUUUUUUAUUAUGGAUUAAGACAUUAAAUUCUGAUCCUGUGAAGAAAAUCAUUGAGUGUAUUGGUGCACAAGAAUAGAAUCCCAGCAGGAAAAAGGCAGCAAUGGCGUCGAGUCAUGGGGCAGGGGGAUUUCCCCUGGUACUGCCCCCUAGGACCUCCCCUCUGAGUGGUCCUGGCAAAACCGGAAGUCACAGUUGCCUCCUGAGACAUGCUGUGAUGGAAUUAGUAGGCAAAGAAAAUGUUUGAUAAACUGAGGCAAGAGUGGAUUUUGCUCUUUUCUGGUUUUGUUGCUGGCUAGACUUCCCUGUGAGCAUGGCUAUGGGGCCCUAAUGGUGGCCACAGAAUAGCAAGCUAAAUGGAGCAACCACGAAAGUAACAUAUCUCUCUUUCCUUUCCAUUCCUCUUUUUUGAGGCCCCAAGACAAAAGGGGAAGCCACAAGGCCACUGCUCAUGCUUACACUGUCAUCCCCAGUACAAGAUUUUCUCCCUAUCACUGCCCCUAGUCCUCAGAGACCCUACUCCCUGGUCAAGGAGUCCACAGGCCAGCACAUCGCCUCCUACGGGCUAACAACAAAAAUAUAGGCAAGUUAAAAAUAAAUAAACAAGGCAAAAUAAAAUUUAAAAAAUUAAACAUAAAAUUAAAUAAAAGAAAAAUUAAUAAAAUUAAAUAUAAUCAAUAAAAUACAUAAAAUUAAUUAAUUGGAUAUACCAAUUCUGUAAUCCAUCAUUUCAAAAGUUAAUGCCUUUCAUUCAUUUCUUAUUUAGCCCUAACACCAACGUCCAACUUUGUUGUCUUUUAAAAUAAACUUAAAGGAAGUUGUGUCUGCAUUUUUAAUUUAAGUAUUCAAAUGUUUUGGCUAUUAAAUUAUUGGAUUUUGUAGAGCUCCUUACUGGACCCUAGGCCCAGUACCACAUAGCUACUGCUGGGUCCAUAACUUAACUCCCCCCUCUCCUAAAUUAGGGUUUCUUUUCCUAAGCAGCAACAGCCAUAGCAGGUACCCCAAACAGAUAGUGAAGAAAGACAAGGUAUUUUUCUCAAUUUGGGGAACAAAAGCAGUAACUUCUGACCAGAUAAUCUACUAAGUCCUUCUUAUAUUAUGGGGGAUAUUGCUAUGAAGAAGUCAAGUAAUAUUCCCCAGGACUUGCCAUUGUAUAAAUUACUAAGAAGUUGGGAUGAACCAGGAUUUCCCAAGAAGCACUGGAUGUCAAGGAAGGAAACAGAGGCUGUGCAAAGUCUGGACACUGAAGCCUUUUACCAGGCCCCUCUUUGACUCUUCUGACUUUAAAAUUCUAAAAGAAUUGAAAGCAAUCAUUGGCAGCAAGGAUUCCAGAGGAUAUUCCAACUUGUGGCUCUGGGCAUAUCACCUUGAUGGUUCAACCAAGCCGAGUACUAGCAAUAACCUCUUGGUUAAAUCUGAAAAAACUGACCCCCCUGGCUUCUCACCUGACAAGAGGCUACUCCAUCUCGCGAUCCAAGCCAUCCUGACUCCUUCGGCACCACCCCUACCACCCCCGACAUGCCUCUCUCACCUGGCAGCCCACCUUUGGUACCAUCUCUUUGCCUCCCCUUACUGGCUAACUCAUGUACUAUCUACCCUUGCUCUUGCCAUGCCCAGCCUGUGCCAUUCCUUGCCCAGCUUUUCCCUCCCCACGGCCCAGCCUCCCACUCCUGCCACUUAGUCUCCCCUUCUCCCCUUUCUCCAGUUUCUCCCCCUCCCUGACCAACCUCCACUUUAACCAACUUCUCCCUCUCUUUCUCUCCUUUCCCUGCCCAACCCCUCCUCCCCUGGACCUCUCUCACUACCUCUCCUCCCCCUUCCCCACCACACCCCAACAUUGUGCUUGCCCCCUCCCGAAAACAAGCUAAGCACCAGGAACCACAGACAAGUCCAAUACAGUCCUUUUCCCCCAGGGAUGUUCUCAUUUAUUAUUAAUGAGAUCAUUAGUCAAUAUUAGACAUCUUACACUUUUUUCUCCACAAGAUUUGAGAGAUUCAUUGAAAAAACUCCUGCCUUUGGAGGCACCUAUGGUGCUGUUUAAGAAGUUUGAAAGUCUAUUUAGGACAUAUAACCCAAAUUGGGCAGAUGUUACAGAAUUGCGUUACUAGAAGAUGAGAGGCAAAUGGUCCUUUCCUUUGUGAUUUGGUCCCAAAAUAUUUCCCAAUACAAGGAAUUAUCAUAUUUUUGUUAGACUAAAAAGUUAGUUAACCGAGGUAAUUUUACCUAA